AUGAAUAGUUAUAGUUUAAAAAGAAGAAUGAUACUAACAACAGAGUUUAAAAGUUAUUUUCGUCUUGGUUCAUGUUCUGUCAGAGGUGAUUUUUGUGAAUUUAAUUUAUUUAAUAUUUUAAUUUUAAAAGGUUCAUUUGAAGCGAUCUGUUUGUUCACACAUUUAGAGAAAAAUGCACUUGCAUUGAUUGCAGUUGGAAUGAUUUGGGGAUGUACCAAUCCAUUUAUUAAACGUGGUAGUGAAGGAGUAUCAUCAAUCAAGAAAAAUAGUGCAGUCAUGCAAUUCAUAUCAGAGUUUAUCUAUCUUUGGACAAAACCAACAUACUUUAUACCGAUGGUCAUCAAUCUUAGUGGCUCUAUCGUAUUUUUCUAUACUCUUGGUCAUGCCGACAUAUCUCUUGUCGUACCGAUUUCAAACUCUUUAACCUUUUUAUUCACUGCUUUUACUGGAAUGUUAUUAAAGGAAAGAUUAUUAGGUUGGAGAUCAUAUGUUGGAAUGUUAUGUGUAUUAACUGGUGUAACUAUUUGUGUUGCUGGUAAAACUUUACUUGAAACAUCUUCCUCUUAA